CAGUGGCGGUAGAGGAAGCGCUCUUGGGUGCUCUUUAUUCACCAAUGGCGAUUCGAAGGACUCUGCGUCUCGCUGCUGCAAUCGCGGUGGCGCUGCUCGCCCUUGCCUCUUUAGCCGCCGCCGAUGUCUACUUCCAGGAGACAUUUGAAUCUGGAUGGGAGGACCGGUGGGUUAAAUCGGACUGGAAGAAGGAUGAGAACAUGGCGGGUGACUGGAACCACACCUCUGGGAAGUGGAACGGCAAUCCUGAGGAUAAAGGCAUCCAGACUGCAGAAGACUACAAGUUCUAUGCUAUUUCGGCGGAGUUCCCUGAGUUCAGCAGCAAAGAUAAGACAUUGGUUUUGCAAUUUUCUGUCAAACAUGAACAGAAACUUGACUGUGGAGGUGGAUAUGUGAAGCUGCUCAGUGGUCAAGUUGAUCAGAAGAAUUUCAGCGGGGAGACCCCAUACAGCAUCAUGUUUGGACCAGAUAUCUGUGGGUACUCAACCAAAAAGGUUCAUGUUAUUCUUUCGCGCAAUGGGACGAACCACUUAGUUAAGAAGGAUAUACCAUGUGAGACAGAUCAGCUAACUCAUGUCUACACUUUGAUCAUUCGUCCGGAUGCUACAUACAGCAUCCUUAUUGACAACAAGGAGAAGCAAUCGGGGAGUAUAUACAGGGAUUGGAAAAUUCUUCCGCCAAAGAAAAUAAAGGAUCCUAAUGCAAAGAAGCCAGAAGAUUGGGAUGACAAGGAGUACAUUCCUGACCCUGAGGAUAAGAAACCAGAGGGGUAUGAUGACAUUCCGAAGGAAAUUCCCGAUCCUGAUGCAAAAGAGCCAGAAGACUGGAAUGAAGAAGAAGAUGGGGAAUGGACAGCUCCAACCAUCCCAAAUCCUGAAUACAAGGGACCCUGGACGCCAAAGAAAAUUAAGAACCCUAAUUUCAAGGGAAAGUGGAAGGCUCCGAUGAUUGACAACCCUGAUUUCAAGGAUGAUCCAGAUAUCUAUGCUUACUCCAACUUAAGGUACAUUGGCAUUGAGUUGUGGCAGGUGAAAGCUGGGUCCUUGUUUGACAACAUUCUGAUUUGCGAUGAUCCUGAGUAUGCAAAGAAGUUUGCUGAAGAAACAUGGGGCAAGCAUAAGGAUGCUGAGAAGGCUGCAUUCGAUGAGGAUGAGAAAAAGAGGGAAGAGGAGGAAAACAAGGAUGUCGAUUCUGAUAUAGAUGAUGAGGAAGAGGAUGAUACUGAUGCUGACUCAGAUGGUGCGAAGAAGUCUGAAUCCGAUGCAAAAUCUGAAUCCGAUGUGAAAGAGGAUAAAGAACAGCCACAAGAGGACAAAGAAAAGCCACAUGACGAGCUUUAGGGAGGCGGAUAACGAGCCGGGCUGUCAUUUUUGUUGCGGUGGUUGGUUAACCAAGUUUAAUCGUCUUAGGGAUCAUCUUCACUUGGAGGAUGCAACAGUUGGACCAUGUAACCUGGAAACAUAAAUGAUCUGUUCUCUUGUUGCCCAUGAAAUUACAAAAAAGUUUAUUUUCCAAA